ACGAUAAAGUCGCUUAUAUAUCAUCGUUAGUUUAUAAUCAAUUUAUUACACAAAAACACAUCAUUUUUGUGCUUGUAAUUUAAAAUAAUGGCGAGAUUUGUGAAUUUUGUUUUACUUCUAAUUCUUUUGGUUGCUUCGAUUAAUCUUUUGGUUUCUGAAGCACGUGUUCUUAAUAUUUUGAAGAUUCAUGGUCUAGAUUCUGACGCUGGCUCUAACUCUAGUGAAAAAGGAUCAUUUGAUUGGUCAAGUCUGGGUAAUAUUAAAGAUGAACCUAAUCCUGAAGUUCGUCAUAAGUUUAUAAACAGUCAAACACUUGGAGGAAUUAAGGCAGGCCCUAGCCCUGGAGUAGGACACAAAAUUGUCACCGGCAAUCACCAAUAGUGACAUUAAUUUUUGGGUUACCAUGAUUUUUUAUUACUAAUAUUUAUUAUUUGUUCCAUUCUUUGCAUGCUCUCUUGUUAGCUAGGGGGUUUUGGAAUGCAAGUUAAAAUUUUUAAUAAAUUUAUGAUUUGAAUUAAAAUUAUUAAAUUUUACGAAACUUAUACUUUUCAUGCUAGCUACGCCUCAAGCUACUUGUAUCGGCCAUGCUAAUUACAGCAAAUGAAAAGAUUUCUUAGUAUGGUUUUGUGCUAUGAUUGUAUAAUGC